GACUCGCCGUUCCAAGUCUGUUUGAACAUGUUUUGUUUAUAAGUUGUGGCAAGUUUGUUUAUGACAUGCUCUGUUGAUCCCCUGAAAUCUUUUUCAUAAUAUUUUUGCACCAAUACCUCCAAGAUGGCUGCAUCACCGCUAGCAGCGCAAGACACCAAUGACAAAUGGGGUUUCGGUGAAGACCCAGAUAACAUGGGACCUAUGUCCAGCGCCGACCCCCUCGUCGACGACGCGCCUCUGGCAGCAGACGAAACGACUUCCGGGCAAAUGGCCAGCGGCUCUGGUCAUAAACGUACCUCCAGCGGUGACAACGGCGUUUCUGGCAGCAAAACCGACUCCGGUCGCGAAAAGUUAUCCAAGCCGAACAAAGUAUACAUUGGCGGUUUACCAGACCAUACACGCCAAGAGGACCUCCAAAGUUGUUUUGGAAAGAUCGGAAGGAUCACACACAUCGAGUUGAAAAUCGGAUAUGGUUUUGUCGAAUUCGACAGCCGCGAGGCUGCCGAAGAAAGUGUUGCCAAGUACAACGAAGGGUACUUUAUGGGCAACAAAAUACGAGUGGAACUUUCCCACGGUCGCGGACGCGCCACUAGGCGCUCUGAUGAUCCCGGCGCUUGCUUCAGAUGCGGUGAAACUGGCCAUUGGGCCAGGGAAUGCCCUCGUUUACAAUCGCGUCCUCCUAGGGGUUCUUCUCACGAAGUGGGGUUGAUUGAACGAUUACCACCUAGGGAUUACUUACCUCCUAGAGAUUUUGGCCCCCCGGCGCGGUAUCCUCCUCCACAGGAUGCGAGGUAUUAUGAUUAUCCGCCGCCACCUCCUAGCAGAGAUUUUCGACGUCCCGUCUCGCCUAUAAGAGAUCAGAGAGAUUAUCUUACGGGGCCGUCUCCACGUCCGCGCGAUUAUGAUGAUUAUAGAAUGAGGGGACCUCCGCCGCCACCUCCUGCCCGGUAUGAUCGCCCAUAUGACAGAGAUUUACCACCGAGAGGCUAUCCUCCACCAAGGGACUUUGACCGGUAUGAAAGGCGUCCCCCACCAGAUGAUAGGUACCCUCCCACGAAUUCCAGGCCUAGGACACCUCCUGGCCCCCCUCCUCGCCGCGAUGACUACGAUAGACCACUCCGGUAUGGCGCGACUUCUUGUAUUGUGGUUGAAGUCUCAUUAUCUCCAAGGGAUUACAUUCCUAGACCACUUACACCGCCCUUACGCCAAUCGGACUACCCUCGUUCUCCUGAGCCGCCUCGCUAUCGUCGCCGCUCAUUGAGUCCUCCGCCCCGCUCUGCGCAUUACGAUGCCUACCCUGGCGGCAAUGGAUAUUCUGGCGACAGGUCUGGUCCUCCGAGGGACGACAAGCGUGUCAGAGACUAUCCCCCUCGCCGUGACCCAGAAAUUGGCUAUAGGAGAGCCUGACAUGUUUUUUUUCUUGCUCAGAACUUCGUCUGUCGUUGAAAGUUAUCUAUAUCAUUUCUUUUUUUGUAUAUCUUUUAUGCUUACAUGUAG